AUGAUAAAAACGAUUUGCAUGGCGCUGCAGCACCCACCCACAUGGGACGAAUUAGCCAGCGCAUUAGAGUACGAUGAAACCGUUUCAAUAUCAAAAAUUGACUGCACACUCUACCGACCGAUCUGUUCACAAUUCGAGGUGAAAGGUUAUCCGACCCUGUUGUGGAUCGUUGAUGGAAAACGCGUCGAAAAGUCCACCGGCCAGCGAACGCUUGAUGACCUGAAAGCGUACGUGGAAAAGUCUGCUGGUAUUAUCGUCAAACGAGCUGCUGAACCAGAUGCCGCACAAGCACAAAUCAAAGUCGACGAAGCGGUGUUACAACUGACCACACAAAGUUUCGAUCAUGCCAUCGAAAAGGGUGUCACGUUCGUGAAAUUCUUCGCUCCAUGGUGCGGUCAUUGCAAACGAAUGGCACAAACAUGGGACGAGCUAGCUACCAAAUUUGUUGAUGUAGCCGAUGUUAAAAUAGCCAAAGUUGAUUGUACAUUAGCCGAAAGCAAAGAGGUCUGCUCCGAGCAGGAUAUAAAUGGUUUCCCAACACUGUACAUUUACAAAGAUGGCGAAAAAGUUAGUGAAUACAGUGGCAAUCGGUCAUUGGACGAUUUAUUUGAAUUUGUGAACAGGCAAAUCGGUUCGAAUCGCGAUGAAUUGUAAAAUAAAUGUAUAAACCGCGUGUGCUGUAUGCCUGUGUGUACAUUUUUUUAGAGGGUUAACCAACUGAACUGUACUUUAGUGCACUUGCCUGUCCGGAUUGCUCUAAAUUAUUUAACUAAAAUUUGAAAUUGUGUACCGUUUCGAGAUAUUCAUUGAAUUAAAUUUGCAGCACGAAAGUUGGUA